CCCGACGACUGCUCAUGGCGCUGUCUAAUGUAAUAAAUAUCUAAGCAUGAUUGUUUUCGCUGAUUGUAAAGAAUUGUUUUCAAUAGACGUUACUGCUGAUUUUUAUAUUGCUUAUAUUUCGAACAAGUUGGUGCAACGGAACAAAAACUACUAACGCCACCUAACCUCGCUGGAAUAUGAUUCAAGAGAAUGAAAUAAGGCAGGAAUAAAUGAAGCAGGAUCUUCUGGCUACAGACAUGGCUGAAGGAUCUGUCGCAAAGAGAUCCAAGCUGGCUCGUUACGCAAGCCCGAGAGUGAGAAGGCUCCCUCCCGCGGCUCGGAAAUGCAAACAACAAUUGGUGCAGAAUGGAAAAGACACACAGAAUUUGUCGAACUCCACUCCAUCACGUCUAAGUUUGAAUAUUGAAAGCGACGGUGCCGGUCACUCGAGCCGGGGGCCGGGGGCCGGGUGUGGAGGGGCUCGGCUCACGCCCUUGGAGGAGCAGGUGAUGCAGCUGAAGCGACAGCACCCGGGCCUGCUGCUGAUGGUCCAGAACGCCUACAUGUACACCUUCUUCGGGGAGGACGCCGAGGUCGCGGCAAACGUGUUGAAAGUCUCCUCGUACUGGUCUCAGAACUUCCUCGUGGCAGUCGUGCCGAUAACCAGGCUUAGCGUCCACGUUCAUCGCCUGGUCCAAGCAGGAUACAAAGUUGGAGUUGUAAACCAAGUGGGAGCUUGCAAUGUGAAGCCACAGGGUGAAAAACAUGCAAUAUUUCAACGAAAGCUUAUUAGUGUUUAUUCCAAAGGGACUCUUGUUAGUGAUGAUAUUAAUCCACUUGUAUCUUCAGAACUACCUGCAUUGGAAGGUGGUCUACCAAACUAUAUACUUUGCAUUGCGGAGCAGUCUUCUGACGCUGAAGAUAAGUUAAGCAAUUUGUGGUUUGGAUUGGUGGCUUUUGAUCCGACCACCGGUGACGCUGUGUGUGAUGACUUUUCUGAUGGACCGAAUCGCUGUGAAUUAGACAAGAGAUUGGCACAUCUGCAGCCAGUAGAAGUAUUGGUGUCAGAAGAUGUGUCAGAAAACACAGAAAGGUUGCUAAACCACAGACACAUCUUGAUGGACAAACAGCCGUCUUCCGCUUUCUCCUCAGAAAUUUCGUUUUCCGACGUGGUUACGUCCUCCGGGGAUAAUGAAGAGGAUUCUGCUGUAUUCCAAAUGUGGAAGAAUUUUCAUUCGGCCACCUUGUCUUCUGUUGCCGUGUUAUUACAGUACCUCAAGAAAUUCGGUUUAAACGCCGCCUUCAAACUUAGCAGUUUUAGGAAAUUUACAGACCAAGAUAAAUACUUGCAGAUGGAUGGAUCAACUUUACGCAACUUGGAAAUUUUUUCCAGUAAAUCAAAUACACACAAAGGCAGCUUGUGUUGGGUUUUAGAUCAAACAGUCACCAAAUUUGGCAGCAGGUUGUUACGAGAGUGGAUAUCAAGGCCACUUCGAGAAUUGCGGAAAAUACAAGAGCGGCAGGAAGCUGUACAAGAAAUCAUGGAAUCAAAAUCGGAUUUCGUUGGACAGCUGAAGCAGGCUUUGAUAGAUCUACCUGACAUCGAAAGGGGACUAUCUGCCAUUUUAAAUUUUAAGUGCAGUCCGUGGGGUGUGUGCGUGGUUCUUGAAUCCCUGAACGCUGUUCACACCAAGCUGCUGUGUUUGCUUAACUACUACGGCUCUGAAAUGGAAUCCAAAUUUUUGAAAAAACUUCUCGAAGAUACGUUUCAACUGCUGGGGACAGUGAAUCCGUUUUUAAGAAAUAUAAACAAAGAUACAGCAAGGUCUGGAGAUAAAAGAAACCUCCUCUUGGACUAUUCUGGUUUCCCCGACCUGCUGGAGCGGCUGUCUCGCGUGGAGGCCAUCAGCCACAGGCUGGAGGCCCUGGGGGUGGCCCUCGGGGAAGCCCUGGGAGUCGAGGACUUCCAGUUCGCGUCCGUGAGCGGCCAGGACUAUCUCGUGGAUAUGAAGGCGGGUCAACCCGCGCCCAACACCUGGAGGAUAGUUUCGCAGACCAAAACGCACGUGCGCUACCGUACGCCGGAGGUGGACGCCCUGAGCUCGGAGCUGUCCCGGCUGCAGGAGGACAUACUGUCCGACAGCCAGGCCGCGUGGUUCCAGUUCCUGCAGUCGCUGAACAGCCGCUACUUCGACUACAAGACUGCAGUGAGGAACCUGGCCACUGUCGACGUGCUCUCGUCGCUCGCCAAGGCCGCCAAGAGCAACGACUACUGCAGGCCAUCAUUAGUGGACGUAAAUGUGGACUCUGUUGUGUUUAUUGAGGAUGGGCGACAUCCAAUCAUGGCUCUCUCUUCUUCGGAUGAUUUUGUAGCUAACAGCACCAGUUUGAAGGGCUCCGAGUGUCGCUGUAUGACUUUGUCAGGACCAAACAUGGGCGGAAAAUCGUCCUACAUUCGUCAAGUGGCUUUGUUAGCCAUAAUGGCACAAAUUGGUUCAUUUGUACCUGCAAAGGCUGCUACGUUCAGUAUUUUUGAUGCCAUCUUCUCAAGGAUGGGGGCGGAGGACCAGCUGAUGCGGGGGCGGAGCACCCUGCUGGUGGAGCUGCAGGAGGCGAGCGCCAUCCUGGGCGGGGCGACGGCUCGCUCGCUGGUGCUGGUGGACGAGCUGGGGCGCGGCACCGGCUCCUCGGACGGCACAUCGCUCGCCUGGGCCUGCCUGCGCCACCUGGUCGCCGAGGUUAAGUGUUUGACGUUAUUCGUCACACAUUUCCCAGAUGUUAUGCAGCUCACAGAAUCAUUAUCACCUCUGGCUUGCAAUUAUCAUGUGGAAUUUUUAUUUCCUAAGACAGCAGACGUCAGAGACGACAGGAUGGUAGUUUUGCUGUACUCCAUCACGCGUGGACUGGCGGAGAAAAGCUUUGGCUUAAAUGCAGCGCGUUUGGCAGCCAUACCGGAAUCUGUCCUUGAUCGAGCUUCUACGUUUAUUUCGAGACUCCAGUGGAAUGCAGGUGUUAAGAGACGAAUGCACGAGACUUUCAAACAGAUAAUGCUUAUGGACAAUACAAAAAAUGUGACAGAGUUUUUAUCAUCAGUUUUAAGAGAAGAGACCACAAACUGCCAGAGGUUGCCAGAGGUUGCAAUGAAACAGUGCAUCAGUGAAAUCAGUGAUACAUGAAUACCUGUUCUUGAUCAAAAAUAAGUUUUGCCAGCAGAGAUUUUUAUGCAAUUAAUGAUGAAACGAUUUCUCAAAUUUAUACUAAAAAGCUUUUUUGAUCAGUUAUAUUACUUGUGCUUGUUGCGCUCCAAUUUGUGUUCUGGCCACUACAUAAGUAUUGUGUACAGUGGGAAUAUGUUUUUUGGAGGUAAUCGUUAUGAAUUACAUUUUAAAUAGUACUAAUACUUUUUUCUUUCAAUGGAUAAUUGGUAUUUGUAUUUAUUUAAUUUAAAUAGGGUAAGAUGAAUACAAUUGUUUCAACUCCCGGUACUGCAAAUGUCACAUAACCCCUGAAUACAACUUGCAAAAUAUUGUUGAAUAUGAGUUGCAUGGUUGUUUGGUAAAUUUGUUGUAUAAGGUAUUACUGUUUUAAAUAACAUAUUUUUUAGGAGUGUACUUUACUAGUGAAUUUAUGCUAAUAUCAUGAAUUUUAUAAUGCAAAAUUAUAUCACAUCUAUAAAAGUAUUUUCUUGCUUGUAAUUUGAUAAAUUAUUAUUUUAUCAUAUUUUAUGUACAUGGUUUUUGUAUAUAAUUUUAAUGUAGAAGCAACACAAUGAACUAAUGUAAUUAUUUAAUUUGAGAUAUUCAUAAAAUUUGUAGGUUUAUGUGCAUGAUAAUCCUGUAGCAAAAAUAUACUUAUCUAUAUAAGAAUUACAUGAUUCUUUAAACUGUCAUAAUUUUUUAAAAAAUAAAUUUGCACUUGUAAAAUCAUUCCAAAAAUGUGUGCAGCUCAUGCAAAUAAAAAACCAAUAUUUUUUAAA